GGCGAAAUUGUUUAUUUUUUCGGUUUUUUUCUAUGUAUAUUAUUUUAAUAGCUUGUCCUUAUAUUCCGGAAAACGAGCUAAAUGGGUCAAAUUCCUUUAACUUAAAACUUUUCCCUAUUUAAAAUUGCCUUGAAGGGUUAAACACCGGUAAUUAAUAAGCUUACGUCUUGCUAGUUUAUUAAAAGGAAUAAAAUUAUACAUUUAAUUGUCGUGUGAUCUUAUAUAAGUUCAAGUCAUUUUCACUAGAACAAUCAGUUUUGGGUGGUUUAUCUAGAAAUUUUGUAAUAAUCUUUUAAACAAAAUGCAGCAUAAUUGUGCUCGAUUUGUAGGCAAAGUGGCUGUUUUAUCAGCAUCAACAAAUGGGAUAGGCCUUGCUAUAGCUAGAAGACUUGGCCAAGAGAAAGCCAAAGUAGUUGUUAGUUCAAGAAAAUUGGGCAACGUUACGAGAGCUGUAGAUAUCCUUCAAAAGGAGAAUAUUGAAGCUAUCGGAGUACAGUGUCAUAUAUCUAAUUCUGAAGAACGUGCUCAGCUAAUUGAAAAGGCUGUUGAUCAUUUUGGUGGAAUUGAUGUUCUUGUGGUUAAUGCUGGUGUUAAUCCUCACAUUGGGAGGAUGUUGGAUUGCCCAGAAGCCGCUUGGGAUAAAAGCUUUGACGUCAAUGUGAAAGGUGCAUUUCUCUUAACCAAAGAGGUCAUUCCGCUGAUGAAAAAACGCAAAGGAGGAAACAUUGUCUACAUAUCAACAAUUAGUGCAUACAAGGAUACUUUCGGUCUUGGUGCCUACGCCACAGCAAAAUCUUGUUUGACACGCCUUGCUAAGACAUUUGGUGCAGAGCUAGCUGAUGACAACAUUAGAGUAAAUUGCAUAGCUCCUGGACCGAUUGAUACGCUGUUUAUGAAAGAGUAUGGAAAGUUGGAAUCUUUUCAACGAGUUCUGCAAAAUGAAAUACCUAUGAAAAGAUUUGGUCAACCUGAGGAAGUAGCUGGACCUGCAGCCUUUAUUCUCUCAGAUGACGCAAGUUACAUAACAGGAGAGACAAUUAUUGUUUCAGGAGGAGUUACUACUCGCCACUGAAGUGUUCAUAAAAAAACUUGAAAUUAGCAGAAAAAAAACCAAAGGAAAAAAUAAAGUGUUAAUGUGUUGAUAAUGUU